AUGCACGUCGCAAAAUUAUUGACGAUCCUGGUUCUGGUCACAAACCAGGGCAAAAUAAUUGACGAUCCUGGUUCUGGUCACAAACCAGUCCGUGAAAUAAUUGACGAUCCUGAAAUCGGGACGCCCUGUGAACACCUUGAGAAACUGAAAAGAAAGCGGGACGCCCUUGAACAACUUGAGGAACUGAAAAGAAAGCGGGACGCCCUUCACAUUAACUUGAUAAACACUAUCGAGUGUUUUGGUCCAAACACCUUGAGGAAGCUAAAAGAAAGCGGGACGCCCUUCGCAACACUGCUGAUCAGUGUAAGAGGGACGCCCUUCGCAACACUGCUGAUCAGACUGGUAAAGAGGGACGCCCUUCGCAACACUGCUGAUCAGACUGGAGACGCCCUUCGCAAAACUGCUGAUCAGACUGGAAGAACGCGUACAAGCCUGGAGACGACAAUCAGCUGUCCUAAGACAAGCCAUCUUACAAGCCAAAUGGACCUCCUUCGACAAGUUCAUCUCAAAAAUCAAAUAUCAAAGUGA